AUGACAAGUGAACCAGAAACUAUUGUGGACCCAAAGGUCGCUUUUGAUCUGAUCACUAAGAACUUGCAGGAAGUUUUAAAUCCUCAAAUCAUCAAAGAUGUACUCGAAGUGCAAAAGAGACCACUGAAGCUUUACUGGGGUACUGCCCCCACAGGUCGUCCUCAUUGUGGUUAUUUCGUUCCUGUGACUAAGCUGGCACAUUUUUUGAAAGCCGGAUGUGAAGUGUGCGUACUUUUGGCGGAUUUGCACGCUUUCUUGGACAACAUGAAGGCACCUCUAGAAGUGGUGCAGUACAGAGCCAAAUACUACGAAUGCGUGAUUAAGUCACUGCUACGCAGCAUCAAUGUCCCUAUUGAAAAACUGAAAUUCGUUGUGGGUAGCUCGUACCAACUUUCCGCAGAGUACACAAUGGAUAUUUUCAAGCUGUCGAACAAAGUAUCCCAAAAUGAUGCCAAAAGGGCCGGGGCUGAUGUUGUCAAGCAAGUUUCCAACCCAUUGCUCAGCGGGCUAAUUUACCCUCUAAUGCAAGCUUUGGAUGAAGAGCAUUUAGAUGUUGACGCCCAGUUUGGCGGUGUGGAUCAACGUAAGAUUUUCGUCUUGGCAGAAGAAAACCUUCCUUCUAUUGGAUACAAAAAAAGGGCUCAUUUGAUGAACCCAAUGGUGCCUGGACUUGGCCAGGGUGGUAAAAUGUCUGCUUCAGAUCCAAACUCUAAGAUUGACAUUUUAGAAGUGCCAAAACAAGUCAAAAAGAAGAUCAACACUGCGUACUGUGCACCAGGUGUCGUUGAAGACAACGGACUACUUUCUUUCAUCGAGUAUGUUGUUGUCCCCAUUCAGGAACUGAAAUCAGGUGCCAACAGCUUCACAUUUUUCAUUGACAGACCAGAUAAAUUUGGUGGCCCAAUCACUUACACAUCUUUUGCCGAGCUAGUACAGGACUACAAGGACGAAAAGCUUGCACCACCUGACUUGAAAACGGGUGUGAGCGACAUUAUCAAUCAGCUAUUAGCUCCUAUCAGAGAGGACUAUGCUAAGGAUCCAGAAUUUCAAGAAGCGGAGGCGAAAGGGUACCCUGCGCCUGUCCAAGAAAAGGUGAAAAAAGCUAAGAAGCCAAAGGACAAAGGCUCGCGUUACCCAGGUGCUCCAACUACCCCUGACGGCGUUUCCGCAAGUGUUUCAGAAGCCGCUGACGAGCUGCAAAAAACUGACUUAUAA